AUGUCUACUUCAAUUAAGACUGUGGCUUGGGUUGGAACCGGAAAUAAUGGCAAAGCACUGCUUGAUCUUGUCGCUGCCUCAGAAAAGUUUGACAUCACUCUUCUUGUUCGCAGGCCGACAGCCAACUUUAGAGAGGAAGUCCCCAAGUCCGUGAAAGUUAAGCAGGUGGACUUUCAAUCCCACGCCUCUCUUGUGGCUGCCUUUCAAGGUAUUGACGCUGUUGUCAGUGUUUUGAAGUUUGCACCACAGUCCAAUAUAGACGUGGUAGAGAUCGGAAUGAUCAAUGCUGCGAUUGAGGCCGGAGUGAAGUUUUUCAUUCCAUCGGAAUGGGCUCCUGAUACCGCAGGAGCCAAUGCAUCAGAUGGACCGUGGAUAGGGAAGGCACUCAGACCAAAUGCGGUUCUCGCUCCAAAGAGAGCAGUUCAUAAUUAUCUCAUGGCACGAGCUAGUCAGAAUCAGAUCGCUUUCGCUGCAGUGUAUACUGGGGUUAUUAUUCCAGCCAGUUUUGGCGUAGGCUUGAUAUCAUUUGAUUUUCGGAAGAGGAUCGCGGUAUUAUCAGAUGAUGGUCUGCCUGUAUUUUCCGCUACAACAUUGGCAACCACGGGAGCCGCUAUUGCCUCUAUACUCUCAAUGCCUUUUUCCACCGGUGUCAAGAAUCGAUUUCUUCAUAUUUCAGACUUUACAACUUCCCUAGAGGAAAUCUUAACCAUCGUAGAGAUGGUUGAUAAACAACCUUGGACUCGCCAAAGCGUUCCCGCGAACGAGAUUACUAUUUCCAGCAUGGCUAGCGUUGACGCUGGGAAGUUUGGAAGAAUGGAGUUCUGGGGAGCACUGAUCAGUCCUUUCUUUGGGGGAGUUGCUCCAUGGGAACAAAGUGACAAUGAGUUCCUUGGAUUGACGACAAAGCAAAGUCUGAAGGAGGAAGUGAUAAAUACGAUCAGGGAAUUCGUCAAGAAUGAUUAA